AUGGUUUCUGCCGACGAAUACAUACACAUAUUAAUGUUUCCUUUCAUGGGUCACGACCAUCUCAUUCCAUUUCUAGCUUUAGCAAAGCAAAUCCAUCACCAAACCGGCUUUAACGUCGCCAUUGCCAAUACUCCUCUCAACAUCCAAUACCUCCGUUCCACUCUCCGACAAGAACCCAAUCCCGGAAUCCGCUUGUUCGAGCUUCCGUUCACCAGUUCUGAUCACGGGUUGCCGCCUAACACGGAGAACACCGAGAACUUGAUGUUGGAUCUUAUCGGUAAAUUCUUUUCUUCGUCUGUUUGUUUGAGAACCCCGUUUCAUUAUGCGUUGUUGGAGAUAGUUAAACAACAGGGCAGACCACCAGUUUGUGUUAUUUCCGAUGUGUUCUUCGGGUGGGCUGUUGAUGUUGCGAACAGUGUGGGAACCGUAAACGUUAGAUUACGAAUCUGUUUUGCGGAAGUUAAAAGGGGGCAUGACUACGAUCGAGAACUAAUUGGAAGUAGGCUAUUGCGCCCAACUGGUGGCUCGUGGAGGUCGUUGGCAAGGCGUGGAGUUGGUUGGGACAUGAAAUCUGAGACUUUUGCUAACCUUGUUUCUGCUAUUCUUUACGAGAAAAGAUUUGGUCCAUACUUCUCCCAACCUAUAAUUGCUGGAUUAGGAGAUGAAGACAAACCCUUCAUUUGCACCAUGGAUUCCAAUGGAGUCAAGUGGGAGACCAAAUUUGUUGCUAGAGAGGCGGUAACAUGA